UAGCUACAGAAAACCCUAUCUCCUUCUCGAAUUAUCCUCGUUCGUCUACACUUACUCUUCUUUCCUGGAUCUUCUUGAUCCUAUAUUGAUUUGCUCCCACCAUAUAUCAACUAACAAGCUUACCACUCGUCAAAUCAUAUAUGAGUUUAGAGUAAAUUGCAUAUAAAGAAGUUGUAGCUAUAGCAAUUUGUAGGUGUAUAAAGUGGAUCCAAGACGUGGGAAAACGGAUUCAUCAGAUGAAUCGCAGGAAAAGGAGGAAGAUCCCAUUUUCCCAGUCUACUCAGCUAGAUCCCAGCAAGAUAAUUCGGUUAUGGUUUCAGCCCUUGCUCAAGUCAUCGGAAGUACCGAAAACAACCCACUUCAUCAAUUUAAUCAAAACCCUUUAACCACCUCUCACUACAACGCCACUCAACAAGAUCAAUCUCAAUCUGCGCCUCAAGAUCAAGGUAAUGUAAGGAGAAGACACUAUAGAGGAGUUCGUCAAAGACCGUGGGGUAAAUGGGCGGCCGAGAUUCGGGAUCCAAAGAAAGCAGCUAGGGUAUGGCUAGGGACUUUCGAAACGGCUGAAGCCGCUGCACUAGCGUACGAUGAAGCGGCACUCGGGUUCAAAGGAAGCAAAGCUAAGCUUAACUUCCCUGAAAGAGUUCAAAGCAGGUCAGAAUUAGGUUACCUCACCACUCAUCAACCACAUCGGCAUGCGGUAACUACACAAGUUUCGAAUCCGGCCAUUGUUCCAGCUCCUUCUCGUCCGCCUCUUCUAUCUCAACAAACAUACCCAAAUCUUUUUCAUUAUCCGCAAGCUCUUCCGGGAGGCGAUAGUGAAGUGAAUUAUGCUAUCCCACCUGGUUUCUAUGGUGGAGAUCAAAGGUUUUUAUCGCGGACUUUAUCAACUACUUCUUCAUCUUCAUCUUCAUCUUCGAGUACACCUCAACAACAACAACAGGAUGAUCUUAUAAGAUUUUCAAUGCAGCUGGGAGGUACUUCAUCUAGUUCUGAUCCUAGAAACCUUGAUUUCAGUCAUCACCCAAGAUAAGAGAGAAGGUUUGUUUCAAUUAGGUUAGAAUAACAGUUUCCACCAGAAAAUGAGUUGGUUUUCUUAUGCAUGCUUUUUUUUUUUUUUUUCCUCCUUACGAUUAAGUUAUCUUUUAAGUUUUUAAGAUCAAGAAGCAUUGUCUCAGUUCAAUGAAGUUUCUUACAUCUUUCUACACAAAAAUAAAAUAAAAAAUCUGCAAGAUUUG